AUGGAGAACCUUCCACUUCCCCUUUCGCCUCUGUCUUCCGUCCUUACUCCAAGAAGCGAUAUCAGGCCAAUCAUCGACAGAUAUUUGACCGAUCAUCCCCUUUCUGACAUCAAUCCAACCGAUCCCGUUGUCACAAGUCUCAACGAGGUGCUCCGCCAUGGAGGAAGCCUCGACGAAGGCGAUUGGACGGCGAGGUCACUAUGGCUAACUUCGAUAUCGCUCCCGGAGCUUGGCGCCUUCGACGGACACAAGGCCUACCUUUUGGCUGGUGGAACAUAUCAAGGGCCGUUGACGGAGGACCUGAAGGAAACCCUCGACGACGCCAAGGCUGAAGCCAUCUUCGCCAUCUCCCGCGCCCUUUUGCACGCCGGCUGCUAUGCUGAGGCCUACCUGAUGAUCUCCCUGAGAACUCAUUCCUUCGUGUUGGACAAUGAUCAGGAGCACAAGCUGAUCGAUCUGAAGCUAGCCGCAUCGGAUGCCUUCCAGCAAACCAUCAAGCAGCAUACAGAACAGGAUGCGCAAGUGACCGAUCCGGACAUACGCCAACGCCUCGCGCCUCACGAUGAGUUGCCUAACUUCAUGCUUGUGCCCGUCAUUCGCGAUGGCAGAGUUCGUGUCACCAAGUAUCCUAUGAUACCAGAGGAGCUCUACGGUCUUCAAGCAUCUGUAUUUGAGAAACACAACUUCAAUCUCAUGAUUGAGUGCAAAGUCCCUGCGACCUGUAUCAUUCAGAAGAAGACCGUCCCUUCCAAUGAAGGCAGCUCGACCGAAGAACCUGGCUCCAGAGCACGCUAUGGCAUCCAUGUCAACAGAAACAUCCGACGAGGCGUAAUUCUCUUCAGCGAAAGCACCAGACUCUUCUCGCACACGCAUCCAUAUGAUCUGACACCAGGGCCAUGCAAGAACUGCCUUCUGGAUGUCCCCGAGAACCGCCAGGCAGACGGCGCGUUCGAGUACACGACGGCAUUCUGCAGCAACCGCUGUGCAAGGGAGUUUGCACGGUCUGUCCACGUCCCGGAGGCGCUCUUUCGUCACGUUCUCGAAGACACCGUCCAAUGGGUCAACCAGAAACCGGGCCGGCACCCGCUGAGUGCACCUGACAUAGCUAAUCUCGAUGCGGACUACGGUGGUGCGAUGUACGUCUCCUACGAUCGACACAUCGCCGCUGCCAUUGACGUGCUCGAGCGCCAAGGUGUCAACGUUUUCUCUGGCGGUCCCUGGGAUGGUUGUGUGGUGAUGGACAUCCUGGCGCGUGUCCAGAACAGUUCACGAGCCUUUGUUGAGGAUGAAGAGAACUCUUUCGUUGCGCUAACCCGCUUCUUCUCACUUAUCAACUAUGGGGAGGCGAACGUCGCAUUCACCUGGAAAAUACAUGGCAUAACUGCGACGGUGGAAGUCACGGCCAGCCGUGAUCUGAGGAAGGGAGAGGAGUUGUUUGUCGGUCCUGUCUAG